GUAUGAAAAAGAAGGAAAAUUCAGAAAACAAGUUCGUGCUCAUGAGGUCUGGUAUGCAAUUAUUGAAUCACAAACGGAGACAGGAACUCCUUACAUGUUGUACAAAGACGCUUGCAACAGAAAAUCUAACCAACAAAACCUAGGUACAAUUAAAUGCAGCAACUUGUGCACUGAAGUUGUUGAAUAUAGCUCUCCAGAUGAGGUUGCUGUAUGCAAUUUAGCCUCCAUUGCUCUUAAUAGAUAUGUGAAAGAUGGAGAAUUUGAUUUUAGCAAGCUAAAAGAAGUGACCAAAGUUAUCACUGUUAACCUAAACAAAAUCAUAGAUGUAAAUUAUUAUCCUGUUCCUCAGGCGGAAAAAUCAAAUAAACGUCAUAGGCCCAUUGGAAUAGGAGUUCAAGGCUUAGCGGACGCUUUUAUUCUGAUGAGAUAUCCAUUUGAUAGUGAAGAAGCUCAAAAGCUAAAUGCAGACAUUUUUGAAACCAUUUAUUUUGCCGCAUUAGAGGCUAGCUGUGAACUAGCCGAAAAGUUGGGAACAUACGAGACAUAUGAAGGUUGUCCAGUUUCUAAAGGGAUCCUCCAACAUGAUAUGUGGGGUGUGACGCCAUCAGAUAGAUGGAAUUGGGCUGAACUUAGAGAAAAAAUUGCCAAGUAAUUUUGUGCUAGCUUAUACCAUUUUUCUGUCAUCACUUAAAACUAAUAUUUAGUCUAAGAUAUGAUAAUCUUGAUUUG